AUGUACCCAGAUAUUGAAACAAGAAUCUCUAUUGAUGAGCAACUAGAGAAGUUCAAGAGGGCUGACGGUUUAUUUUCUAUGAGCAUGGCCGUGUUAACAAGAGACAAGAAACAACCCGGACCAAGGAAUUUAAAUGCUAUUAAAAAAGGCAAAGCUAAAGUUGUUGAGAUAGAUGAUGAUGGUAUUGAAGUGGUUGAUGAUGAGCAAACGGAAGAGGAUGAGGAAACGGAGAUGGUUGAAGUAGAAAAAGAUGAUGAUGAUGAAGAUCUUGACCUUGGAGAUAAUAAAGAUUGA